AUGGCCUUCAUGAGAGCCUCCGCGGCCCUGCGCCCCGUCAUGCGCACGGCGGCCAGGGCACCCCUCUCCCGCCGCACCCUCUGCGUCUCCGCCCCGCGCAUGGCCGCCUCCCUCUUCGCAGGCGAGCCCUCCGCCCCGGCUGUCAAGACCGAGAUCCCGGGCCCUCAGUCCAAGAAGCAAAUCGCGGACCUGCACGAGGUCUUUGACACCCGCAGCUUGAACAUGCUCACGGAUUACAAGAAGAGCAAGGGCAACUACAUUGUCGACGCCGACGGCAACGUCCUGCUGGAUGUCUACGCCCAAAUUGCCUCCAUUCCCCUUGGCUACAACAACCCCGCCCUCGCCAAGGUAGCUGAGACCCCCGAAAUGAUAAACGCAAUCAUCAACCGUCCCGCCCUCGGCAACUUCCCCCCGGAGGACUGGGCCGAAGUUCUCCGCACCGGCAUCCUCAAGGUCGCCCCCAAGGGCCUCGACCAGGUCUUCACCGCCAUGGCCGGCUCUGACGCGAACGAGACCGCCUACAAGGCCGCCUUCAUGUGGCGCCGCCAGCAGGAGCGCGGCGGCUACGACGUCGACUUCACCCCCGAGGAGACCGCCUCCGCCAUGAACAACCAGGCCCCAGGCGCCUCGCAGCUCUCCAUCCUCUCCUUCAAGACGGGCUUCCACGGCCGCCUCUUCGGCUCCCUCUCCACCACCCGCUCCAAGCCCAUCCACAAGCUCGACAUCCCCGCCUUCGACUGGCCCCAGGCCACCUUCCCCCAGCUCAAGUACCCGCUCGAGGAGCACGCCGAGGAGAACGCCGCCGCCGAGCAGGCCGCCCUCGACGAGGUCGAGCACCUCAUCAAGACCUACCACGUGCCUCCCGCCGCCGUCAUCGUCGAGCCCAUCCAGUCCGAGGGCGGCGACAACCACGCCUCCCCGGCCUUCUUCCGCGGCCUGCGCGAGGUCACCAAGAAGCACAACGUCCUCCUCAUCGUCGACGAGGUCCAGACCGGCGUCGGCGCCACCGGCAAGUUCUGGGCGCACGAGCACUGGGACCUCCCCACCCCGCCGGACAUGGUCACCUUCUCCAAGAAGGCCCAGACCGCCGGCUACUACUUUGGCAACCCCGAGCUGCGCCCUAACAAGCCCUACCGCCAGUUCAACACCUGGAUGGGCGACCCGGCCCGCGCCAUCCUCUUCCGCGAGAUCGUCAACGAGGUCGAGCGCCUCGGCCUCGUCGAGCACACGGCCCGCGUCGGCGACUACCUCUUCGGCAAGCUCGAGGCCCUCGGCAAGAAGUACCCCGGCCAGUUCGCCAACCUGCGCGGCAAGGGACAGGGCACCUUCAUCGCCUUCGACAACCCGCGCCGCGACGAGUUCCUGAAGAAGGCCAAGGGUCUGGGCAUCAACAUUGGCGGUUCAGGAGAGAGCGCUGUCCGCCUGAGGCCGAUGCUCAUCUUCCAGGAGCACCACGCUGAUAUCCUCAUCGAGGCUCUGGAGAAGAUUGUCAAGUCUUGGUAA